AGACUUCACCGGAGCAACGACAGCCGCUGCCGAAGCCUCCUGACCGGACCAGACAUGCUCUCCCCGGGACUCUCCGUGUCUCUGCUGGCCGUGUCCUGCGCUCUGUGGCCGGCUGCAGUCCGAGCGGCGUCCUGCGAGCCGGUGCGGAUCCCUCUGUGCAGGUCCAUGCCGUGGAACAUGACCAAGAUGCCCAACCACCUCCACCACAGCACGCAGGACAACGCGGUGCUGGCCAUCGAGCAGUUUGAAGGACUGCUGGGUACUGGCUGCAGUCCGGAUUUGCUCUUCUUCCUGUGCGCCAUGUAUGCUCCCAUCUGCACCAUCGACUUCCAGCACGAGCCCAUCAAACCCUGCAAGGCAGUGUGCGAGCGCGCAAAGUAUGGCUGCGAGCCGGUUAUGAAGCGCUACAACCACAGCUGGCCCGACAGUCUGUCCUGCAGCGAGCUGCCGCUGUAUGACCGCGGAGUCUGCAUUUCACCUGAGGCCAUCGUCAAGGCAGAGGGGCCAGAUCCAUACUACCAGGACCCAGCCAGGUGUAACCCAGAAUCCAGUCCAGACUUUCCCAUGGACUCCAACAACCUCCACUGCAGAGGACCCAAUGGAGAUCGCUGCAGAUGCAAGCCGGUCAAAAUGGGUUUGAAAGCCUAUCUGAAGCACAACUAUAAUUACGUGAUCAGGGCAAGGGUGAGGGAGGUGAGGAAUCGUGGUCUGGAGCCCACGGCAGUGGUGGAGGUGAAAGAGGUGCUCAAGUCUUCCCUGGUCAACAUUCCCAAGGAGACCCAGACACUCUACUACUCUUCCUCUUGCCUGUGUCCUACUCUGGCUCCUGGGGAGGAGUACCUCAUUAUGGGCUAUGAGCAUGAGGAGACAUCCAGAUUGCUCCUGAUUGAUGGCUCCAUUGCUCAAAAGUGGAGGGACAAAAUGGGCAGGAAGGUCAAGAGGUGGGAUCAGAUCCUGCAGGGAAAAGGCAGAGGAUCUCAGCGCCGGAGUCGCCACUGAGAUCUGAGAUCUGACUCUGUGGUGUGUGUGUGUGUGUGUGUGUGUGUGUGUGUGUGUGCGUGCGUGCGUGCGUGCGUGCGUGCGUGCGUGCGUGCGUGCGUGCGUUCGUGCGUUCGUGCGUGCGUGCAUGCUUGCGUAUGGGUCUGUCAUAGGCUACUUUCAGACUAAUGUCACACUUAGAACUAGUUAAUUGAGGACAUAUUUUCCAAUUGAGGACGAAAGCCAUGUCCCCAAUUUGGUAAUAGUUGAUUUUUAGUUAGGGUGAGGUUAGGGUUAGUGUGAGGCAAGUACUGGUUAUGGGUAAGGUGGUUAGGGUUAGGGUAAGUCUGUAGGAAAUGAAUGUAAGUCUGUGUAAUGCCCCCCAGAAGUGACCUAGGACAACGUGUGUGUGUGUGUGUGUGUGUGUGUGUGUGUGUGUGUGUGUGUGUGUGUGUGUGUGUGUGUGUGUGUGUGUGUGUGUGUGUGUGUGUGUGCGUGUGUGUGUAGAUAUUGCACUAUCACAAGCUGUUGUAGCUGAAUGUAGUUCAUCUCUUCAUAUAUCAGACUGAUUGGAGCCUGAUUUUUGCCAUUUAUUAUCUUUGCACAAGCAUAAUUUAGUGUGCGUUUAGUGUAAGCGUGUUGGUCAGAGUGUGCGUGUGUUUGUGUGUGUGUGUUGUGUUGGUUUGUGUACACCUAAAGCACUCAAUAAAAACAAGUGAGGGGGGUCGGAGCUUGUAAACUGUAGUACUAAACCUACACACAGCCAUACAGUAUGUACAUGACACUUUUAUGGAACAAUUUGUUUUCAGUGUUGGCCAUGCUGGUUCCACAGCUCAUCUCCAUGGUUACAGUUUUUAAUAAUACUGAAUGUUGGCCAUGUUAUCAUGUUGGUUUGUUGGAAAACAUUUACAUGACAUGAAAGCCAUUUGGAUUUUGACAUUUGGUCUACGAUAGAUCUGUAGCAACCUGAACUUUACUGCAGCAGAACUCAACAGAAGAGGAAAGAAUACCGGUGCUUUAUUCAGACAGCAUCAAGACCAACAGAAGCAACUACAAGCAGAACACCAGCAGCAGAAUACAGGCAGACGGAGAGUUCACUUACUUCUUCAGUGUUGGUGGAUCCAGUGUCUCCUCUGGUCUCCAUAUCUGACGACAACAGAAAACAACUAAUGUCCGUGUCACAAACUGUUUUCCGUGCAUCACAAAUUGUUGGAUACUAAUUGAAUAUUCUGUUGAAGGAGUUUGGAGUGUGCCACUGGAAUAAUUAUACAUUUUGUGUUUAGGUCUGAUCAAUCAUUGAGUUGAUCAAUUUAAAACAUGUAAAUUCAAGUUAAGAAAUGAACUGUGAAACUGAAUGAAAGAUUAUCAGAUAAAAAUAGAUGAUUAAAUAAAUAUUAAAGCUGCAUGCAGUGAAUAAUUUUGAUAACUUUUCGUGUUCGUUAAAGUAUGAGGCGUGGAAAUAGCAAAAAUGGCGCCAAAAUCUAAAAUUCAAAUCAAAAUUGCCGACUUCCUGUUGGAGUUAGGGUAUGGGUCCAAGAGACUUUAUUGUGUGUCUUUACAUCAUACAUAUGUAUACCGACUUUCGUUUGUCUAAGUCAAUGUGGAGUGAGGGGCUCAAUUUUCUUAAUUUUCUAGGGGGCGCCGGUGAGCCAUUUUGCGAUGGCCAUUUCUGUGAACUAUAAAAUAUCACAUUUUUCACCAGGUUUGGCACAUGAGCAAAUUUUCAUGACUUUUCGGGACAAUUAGGCUCUCAAAAAUAUGUUUGUUUGACCAAGAAUUAUUCUUACAGAUUCAACAGGGCCUUCACACUGUCAGUGCUCGGGCCAUAAAUACUAUUUUUUAAUCAUUUUUAGACAAUUAAAAAUAAUUAUGAACUGACAAAUCAAAUUAGUUUUCACUUUUUUUAUUUUAAUGCAAAAUGUAUUAAUUUAUUAACACUGGCACACUCCACACACCAUGUAAACACCUAUCUUUUGCCUUAUUAUAGCAACUAAUGUUGUAAUGAUAGUUGACAAUGAUGUUGUUUAAACUUAAAUCUUUUUUUAAUUUUAUCAGGCAAAGUUGAUAAUGUCAUGUGACACACAGUGUUAUGUUUUUUUUCAUGUGCUGAGAUGGAAGUGAAAGUGAAUGUUAAACCAUUACCGAGGCACACUGCUUGUUUUAUUGAUGUGAUAUCUUUUCUGUUGGAUACUGGGGAGGGGUUGGAAAAGGCACGGUCACAUUACUUUUCUAUCCUAUAAAAAUGUACUUCUCUUGAAAUCUACACAGAUAUGGAUGCGUUUCCUGUUUUGAUAAACAUUGACACAAUUGACUCUGGUUGUGAGUUUUUGGUGAUGGUCAGCCAGUAUAGUGACCACGCUGAUCAAUAUUGUUACCCCGUCGUAUCUGUGACAUCAGCUCCAACAGAAGAGUAAUGUGACUGUCCCUUUAUGGAAGAUCAGUUUCUCCAUUUUGACUGUUAGGGUGAAGACUCUGGAAGCAAGAAUAUCCAGUGACACUGCAUUUGCCCCCUUCUUUCACAUUUCUAUGUGUCGAUGUUUAGAUGCAUGGUAAGAAUUGUGGCAAGCGUUGUGUAAAUAUGCAACCUAGCACUUUCUCCAACAGUUUUAUGAAUUAUAAAAACAAAAAAUUGAGGAAACUACUAUAUGAUCUCAAAAGCAAAAUGCAAAGUACAUUGGCUAUGCCCUGAUAUGCAUUGAACACACCUACAAACAGAAGUUAUAGUCGAGGUAUUGUAGUUGGGAUAUGAUAUUUGGGAAGUGACUGUUAUGCAAUCAGUGAUGUGUAGCACCUCGUCAAGACGUUUCCUAUAUGGGGGCUUACGUUGAAAAUAAUAGGUACGAUGGUUUUGACGUGACUGUCAAAGAGAGGUUUGCCUCAUCUGCGAUUUUAAACAUGAUUUAACGCUCUCUUUAGGACUUUUUUUUAAUAGAACAUGACUCACUUUCAUCCUAUAGAAUAUGAAUAUGAGCAGAAAUCUCCUUUCUCCACAUCUUUACUAAUGAGCUCUGAGAACUGUCCAAUAGGCUCUGGAAGGAACCAGGAUGACUACAUGAAAGGGAUUUAGAAGGGAUUUUCACGGCAGGUAUUUUGACAUGUCAUAGUAGAAAAGGCCCAGGUGUUACUAAUAACAGUGUGACAAUGAGUUCAGCAAGUCUCAGAAACCAAAGCAGUUAAUGGAAUUCAAUCAUUUUAUUAUUUAAACCUGUGUUUUUCCCACCUGACAUGUCAAAAUGUGAAAAAUGCCUGAUAGCAAGUCCUUUUACAUUUCUAUUGCAACUUUA